GGUGAAGGGUGUCCCUUCUUGCAUUACAGAGCUUUGACUCAGUGGAUCAGCUGAAGCAGACGGACAGAGACCUGCAGCUAGACGGUGGCACUUCUCGUUUGGUUGCAUUUCACGAUGGACGUGUUGCUGCGCGCUCCUGCCCAACAGCGGAUCAAAUCUUUAUUUUUGCUUUAUCUUUUUACAGCCAGAACACUUGGCGUAUGUCCCAGACCCACGUUGGAAGGAACCAUGAUUCUCAGCGAUGCAGCCCUUUUGAUAAAUGAGUACCAAGACAACGAUGUGAUUACUUUGGCAUGUGCCAAUGGAUAUAUUCAAGACAGCGGGUCUGCAACCAUAAAAUGUAUUGAUGGGGCAUGGGGUGACCCAGAUCUAAUCUGCAAAAAGAAGGAUUGUGGACCACCACCUGUACAGCCACACAUGAUUGUUAACACAAGCGAAGGCACCCUAUUUGGUGCUCUAGCAACCGUCAAAUGUGAGAAAGGCUACUUAGUCAGGGGACCGUCUUAUAAGCAGUGCUUCAAUUCCGGCUGGACUGGGAGGAGCAUCAAAUGUGAAAUUGUAAAAUGUGAUGUGCCAGGGAAAUAACCAAUGGCAUACAUUCAUGGAAUUCAACAGAACGUCCACAAUAUGGAGAAUCUAUAUUUUAUUCAUGUGAUGAUGGAUACUUGCCGACUGGGAACACAACCAUCAUGUGCAAUGAAGAAGGUGAAUUUGAUUCUGCUCCACCUCAGUGUCUUGGUGUCACUAAAGAGGAUGUAUUUACUACACCAACUUCAACCACUACACCUCCAACACAAGAAACUUCAGCCUCUUCAACUUCAGCAGGCACAACAAGCACAGGUCCCAGAGACAGCUCGCACACAACCAGUGCCUCUUCAACUGUCUCUCUGUUCAGACAAGGUGAAGAUAUUUUGAGAGAUGCAGACAAUACUCCAACUACCAUAAAAUCAACUAUGUCAAAUUAUUCUCAAGGAGAUCAAAAUGAUGAUAUAGUUGAUACAAAAAAAGAUGUUGGAUACACGCCUGUAAUAAUCAGUGUGGUGUGUGUUUCAUUAGCUGCGUGCAUAGCAAUACUUUUUAUUCACAAGCUGCUUAACAAGAGAAAAGGCUCUUAUGACACCAGAGAAGACCUGAAGCCGGAGUUAUUACAGUUCCAAAAUCUAUAGUUUGGCCUCUACCUCCAGCUCACAAAAUGGAACAGCGCCUAUCUGUUGAGGAGCAUCUGUGACCGAGGACGGAUGUGCCUACAGACUGUAGCAGGGCCCAGGGUGGAGACUAACCACGCAAUCACUUUUGCACUUGAAGCAGAAGGUCUUCAGCCUGCCCAUAUAUGGAAGUGUAAUGACCACACACACCUUUGUAAUAAUCUAUUUUAUUAACACGCCUGUAAAUAGUUGUUUGUACCUUAUUUAUAAUAAACUGGAACCUUUACAUUUAUUAA